AGGUGGGUUGUCGGGAAACAUGGACUCUGAGGAAGCGCACUCAGCUCCCGUUGCCCGUGACCCGGGCCGCCCGCCGCCUCCCGAGUGUGCCCAUCUGACGAGCGGGACGCCGCGUGGGAGGAGAAGAAAGGACUGGUCCUGCUCGCUGGUCGUGGCCUCUCUCGUGGGCGCCUUCGGCUCCUCCUUCCUCUAUGGGUACAACCUCUCAGCGGUGAACGCCCCCACUCCGUACAUCAAGACCUUUUACAAUGAGUCGUGGGAGAGAAGGCAUGGACAUCGGAUAAACCUGGAUACUCUGACUCUGCUCUGGUCUGUGACCGUGUCCAUAUUCGCCAUUGGUGGACUUGUGGGGACGUUCCUGGUGAAGUUGAUCGGAAAGGUUCUUGGGAGGAAAUUCACUUUGCUGGUCAACAAUGGGUUUGCAAUUUCCGCCCUGUUGCUGAUGGCUUGUUCUCUCCAAGCAGGAGCCUUUGAAAUGCUCAUCCUGGGACGCUUCAUCAUGGGCGUGGAUGGAGGCAUCGCCCUCAGUGUGCUCCCCAUGUACCUGAGCGAGAUCUCACCCAAGGAGAUCCGCGGCUCUCUGGGGCAGGUGACCGCCAUCUUCAUCUGCAUUGGCGUGUUCACGGGGCAGCUGCUGGGCCUUCCUGAGCUGCUGGGAAAGGAGAGCACCUGGCCGUACCUGUUUGGGGUGAUGGCUGUCCCCGUCUUGGUCCAGCUGGUGAGCCUGCCCUUUCUCCCUGAGAGCCCACGCUACCUGAUCUUUGAGAAGCACGACCAGGCUGGAGCUGAGAAAGCCUUCCAGACAUUCCUGGGCAAAGAGGACGUCUCCCGAGAGGUGGAGGAGGUCCUGGCGGAGAGCCGCGAGCAGAGGAACAGCCGUCUGGUGUCCGUGCUGGAGCUGCUCAGGAGUCCCUCUGUCCACUGGCAGGUCAUCACUGUGGUCAUCACCAUGGCCUGUUACCAGCUCUGUGGCCUCAAUGCGAUUUGGUUCUACACCAACAGUAUCUUUGGAAAAGCUGGAAUCCCUCCGGAAAAGAUCCCAUACAUCACCUUGAGCACAGGCGGCAUCGAGACUUUGGCUGCCAUCUUCUCUGGCUUGGUCAUCGAGCGCAUGGGACGGAGACCCCUCCUCAUUGGUGGCUUUGGGCUGAUGACCCUCUUCUUUGGGAUCCUCACCGUCACGCUGACGCUGCAGGACCACGCAGCCUGGAUCCCUUACCUGAGCGUCGUGUGCGUUCUGGCCAUUAUCGCCGCCUUCUGCAGCGGGCCAGGCGGCAUCCCCUUCAUCCUGACCGGCGAGUUCUUCCAGCAGUCGCAGCGGCCAGCUGCCUACACCGUGGCGGGAACCGUCAAUUGGCUCUCCAACUUUGCCGUCGGGCUCCUCUUCCCGUUCAUUCAGAAAAGUCUGGACACCUACUGUUUCCUGGUCUUUGCCGCAAUCUGCCUCGCAGGUGCUCUCUAUUUGUAUUUUGUCCUGCCUGAGACCAAAAACAAAACCCAUGCAGAAAUCAGCCAGGCAUUUGCCAAAGGGAACAAGGCCUACCCACCAGAGAAGAAAAUUGACAGCUGAACCUGAUGAUAAACAAAUGGAAGGCCUGAACCAGACUCCUCCUCCACACUGGAGAAUUGUGUCAAAAAGAGGAUUGUCUGAAUGGAUGAUCUCACCAUUUUUGGAAACGGAAGAGUCCCCCUGCAAGUUCAACCUUACUAAGUAUUUAAAAAUAAACCUUUGCUAACCUAACAUCGCAGCCAUUUGGGGUUUAUUCACAGCUGAAUUCCCCAAACUCUUCUGGCAGCUGGAAAGAAUCACCCUAUGUUUCAGUGGACCCAGCGUUCUUCUGUAGACAUCCAUGGCCUGCUUUCUUCAUGACUUGCCCCAUGGUUUCAAAAUGAAAUUGGGGAAAUAGCAUUUGAAUGGUUUCUCAAAGAAUAACAAUGUAGUCCGACAGAGAACUCGAUGGACUAGAAAUCCAGACUGAGUUUCCAGUCCCAGCUCUGCCAGAAAUAGCCUUGAGCCACCCUCAGCCUGGAUCCUGAAGCAUCCAAGGACCCUUGGCUUUGAUCCUGGAUGAAGGUUUUCAUACCUCCUAAUAAAUGCCUGUUUCCAAUCUUUAGCUGUACCUUGUGGAUCUCAGACUCAGGAGAGGCUGAUACCAACCCACCACCCUCCAGGUCCCGUCUCUCCAAGGCUGUCCCGUGGGGCUCCAGAAAUAUCUUCACCUCUGAGUAUCAGAUGUGCUCACAGAGGGCAUAAAGGGGAUCAAUAUGUAGAAGACCUAGAGACGCAGACAUAAGAAGUAACUUCCCAGAAGCUGAGGCAGGGACUGCAAAUUUAACACUGUUCAGUUGAAAAAAACAAUGUUAAGAAUGAUUCUGAAGUUAAACCUAAGCUUGGAGGAAAGGAACACUGUGAUUGAUUAGUGAUGUCUGCCACAGGUAUAGAGUGAGAGUAUCACACAUGCUUUAUGUUUGCCAAUCUUAGAAGAGAUUUACCUGAAAGACGAUGUAUUAGUCAGGGUUAUUUGGAAGAACAGGAAAAAAAAUAUAUAUAUAUAUAUGUAUAUAUGUAAUUUAUUAUGAGGAAUUGGUUCACACAAUUACAGAGGUUGAGAAGUCCCACAAUCUGCCACAUGCAAGCUAGAGACCCAAGAAAGCCAAAGGCCUGAGAACCAGGGUAACCAGUGGUGUGAGUUCUACUCCAGGUCUGAAGGCCUGAGAAGAGAAGUGCUGAUGGUGUAAGUUCCAGCCCAAGGGCUGGAGAUCAGUGUCCUAGCUCAGCCAUCGGGGUGGGAGCAAAUCCUCCCUUUCUCCACCUUUUAGCUCUAUUCAGGCCCUCAGUAGAUUGGAUUCCCACCCACAUUGGGAAGGGCAAUCUGCUUUACUCAGUCUACCAAUUCAAAUACUAAUUCCAUCCAAAUUACCCUUGCAGACACACCCAGAAAUAAUGUUUAACCAAAUAUCUGGGCAUGCCAUGAUCCUGUCAAGUUGACACACAAAAUUAAACAUCACAAGUCCACCGCUUGUCAACUUGGCACCUAUAUGCAUCUCUUUAAAUCAGACUCCAAACAAAGACCAUAACGAGGUCAUAAAUCUGCCUAACAUGAUAGAACUAUCCUAUAUUCAACCAAAAGUUCACUAACCCCUUCUCCAGAAGAGGAGGUAAAGGCCUUGAGUGAUGUUUGCUCUUCUCCUUGAUUCUUCAUAACUGAAAUGCUAUGAGGUAAAAUUAACAAUACUUAAGGACUGUGAUAUAAAGUCAAUACAUCUUAUGUUACAUGGUGAGGAAAUAAAAGAAAGAAAACGAAGAUAUUGUUAGAUCUAUAGAGAGAAAUAUAAACCUGUUCAUAAAG